CGGCGUGGCCACUCCUUUCCUCCCCGGAGCCGGUAGUCGGAGGCAGCUGAUCGUCGCUCGCUUGGUCGGUGGCUCCGUCGGAGACUGGCGCUUGGUCGGUCGCCCUCGCGGCUGCCAUGGCGGUGGAGGCGAGGCCCGGGCGUCCGGACAGGCCUCGCCAUGAAACUCCGGCCCGCUAUGAGAGGAAUCAUCACACCGCCAAACAACACGUGGAAGCAGGUCACCACCCGUUCCGUACCAUGCAGUCCAAUUCGAACGUUCGGCACAGUGGACUUAACAACGGCCAUAGUCACAGCCCUCCCUGCCAGGGCCCUCACGCCACGCGGUCUCCAGGAGAGGAACCUUGCCAGCACGGAGGGGACGUUUCACAUCCAAUGACCUCGGCAGUUGGGGAGCCAGAGGCCAAUGCUGGCUGCCGGCAACAUUCGCGGUUGGGGACUCAGAGUUGGCCACACGGCCAGACGCCCGGCGAAACCAGAAGCGGUCACUCGGGGGUUUCGUCCGCGGAAGAACAAAGAGACAGUUCUCUCUCGGAACUCAAAUACCUCCUUCAGUGGCUGCACAAGAGCAUCCCGUACAUCUUGAUUUUGUCCAUCAAAAUUCUCGUGCAACAUAUCAUUGGCAUAUCUCUGGGAAUUGGGCUGCUCACAACUUUUAUGUAUGCAAACAAAGCCAUUGUAAAUCAGGUUUUCCUAAGAGAAAGGUGCUCCAGGCUACGAUGUAUGUGGCUGCUAUUUUUCCUGACGGGAUCAUCUGUUUUCAUCUAUUACACCUUCUACUCUCAGUCGCUUCAUUACAGCUUGAUCCUCUUAACUCCGACGGUGGAUUUUCUGAACUUCUGGGAGGUGCUCUGGAUUGUGGGCGUCACAGAUUUCGUUUUGAAGUUUGUCUUCAUGAGCCUGAAAUGCGCCGUUCUCCUGCUGCCUUGUUUUAUCAUGUCUCUUAAAUCCAAGGGUUACUGGUAUAUGCUGUUGGAAGAGCUUUGCCAGAGCUAUUCUAAAGUGGUUCCCGCCCCUGUGUGGUUUCGAUAUCUGGUUGGCUUAAGGGAAUCGGACGGUAGCAUCGGGUGGAGUUUUGGCAUCUUGCUGGCUCUGCUGUAUCUUAUCCUAAAGCUUUUGAGUUUUUUUACACAGCUAAAAAACUUCAGAAGGGUCUUACGGAUAUUUUUUACACGGCCGAGCUACGGCGUGGUGGCCAGCAAGAGGCAGCGUGCCGAAGCAGACGAUCUUUGUGCCAUUUGUCAAGCUGAGUUUCAGAAGCCAGUUGUCCUCCUCUGCCAGCACGUCUUUUGUGACGACUGCAUCGCUCUGUGGCUGAACCGGGAGAAGACCUGUCCCCUCUGUCGAACAGUCCUCUCCACUCACGUCAACAAGUGGUACGACGGCGCAACCUCUGCCCAGUUGCAACUCUAUUAAAGCAAGCUAAAAAUAAAAGUGGCCUUGUGCUUCACAGUAUGGACUCAUUUGAACGUCAGGCGUGCGUGUUGUUGUAGAGGACAAUGGCUGGAAGGAAAGAGGGAGGCAGAAGGAAUAAUGCCUUGUCCUCUCCACUCGACUGUGUUGGAAUGCGUUCAGAUUAUCACAGCCCCAUAUCCUCCUUAAUUUUCCACACGGAAUUAACCCCCGUUCAAGGCUGCUUCUGGGAAAUCCCCAAAUUUCUGAGUAUUUUUUUACAAUCACUAGUCUACCAAAAUCAGCAAUGGGAGACCUUUUUACUGCUUCCAGUGUUAACAUCUGGCGUGUGCAAACUUGUAAGAUUUUUUAGGUACAAAAUCCACCUCGUAGGAUUUGCCGUUGUCAGGAUGCUUCUAACCAUUGUACCUGGCCGUCGCGUGGCGAGACUCAUGGAAUCGUUUCGGCUUUCCAUGAACGUAAAUCUCAAAUUUUCAAUUAUGCAAAUCUGGAUGACGUUUUUUACAUUUUCUAAGUCCGAAUUUUAAAGAACAAAAGUUUUGGCCUCUAUUUUGUCAUAAGCAGCUAGAUUUUUACUAAAGAGGAAAGCUGUUAUUUUAGCGAUACUUUUUAAAAAAAAUGUAGCCUAUGGUUGGUGAAAAUAAAUGCAGUUUGAAUCGG